AUGUGUCAGUUUGUCUUUAAUAUAUUUAGUAUAGCGGUUUUGUUUUGUGGAACUGGUACGGUUAAUGUCAAUGAAAUGCGAGUCAUUGCAGCAGAUGUACUUAACCGAGAAAGUAUAAAUGGACUGAUACUGGUUCUGCAAGGUCAUAUAACAAAUCAAGCUCUAAAAACCGUUGAGUUUUUCACGUUUAAGGUUGAGUUAUUUGAGAUAACCGAUUUGCUAGUUAACGUAACAAAACAUGUCUUGAGGCCAAGACAUCAGGUUUUGAAUGAUGACGAGAAGGAAUCACUUCUCAAGCAGUACAGUCUCGAGGAAAAACAACUUUCUCCGUUAUCGAGCAAAGACCCGAUUGUGUGAUACUAUGGACUAUAGACAGGGCAAGUCAUGAAGAUCACAUACAAAGACGAGCUCAGUGAUUCACAAGUUACAUACCGAUGCAUUGGUUUAAUCUCGUCUUGUUUAUAUCUUUAA